CUUAAAAUUUUCGUAUAAAACGACCAAUUUCCUCAAAACAAAGUAUCACUUCACCUUCAUCCACUUCUCUGCAUACAUAGUUCCACGAGAGAGAGAACCCUUCAGGAAAAAUGGCAAACACGACGCUCUUUUUGGCAACCAUCCUCCUCGGAGUCGCCUACGUCAUGGCGGAACACGGCUGGGGUCAUGAGGCCGGAGGUCAUGGAGGUGGUGGUGGUGGUGGGGAUGUUGGAGGUCACGGAGGUCACCAUGAAGGCUGGGGAUGGUCUCACCCUAAGUACAAGUACAGCUAUGGCGUGAAGGACUCUCACACCAAGGACCACAAGGAGGCGUCCGAAUGGAGGGACGGAGAUGCCGUCAAGGGACACUACAGCCUUUUGGAGCCUGACGGUUCAUGGAGGACGGUCACCUACACCGCCGACAAGGGGGGAUUCAAGGCCCACGUUCACCGAACCCCAAAUCACCACGGAGGGUGGGAGAAACACUAAGAAACUCCUUAACCAUACAUAGAAUCUGAAAAGGAUUUGUAAUUUCUGGUCAUUUUUCCACUUUCCAUCCGGAGAGUAAAACAACGCCUUCGUAACAAACUGUACCCUCAAAUCUUACUUAUGAACCUUACUUUUGUAUGCCCUUAUUACUCAAAGAAAAGCUUAUAUUUUUAUAAAACUGUUCUAUUUUUAUAAACACGUGAAAAGAGCGAUGACGAGUUAAAAUAAAGCAAAUAUAGAAAGACAAAAAUUUA